ACCCCUACAUCUGAGCACGUGGGAAAUUUGUCCGCGCGAAAUAUGUCGAAUACGCCCCAGAAUAUAUAUGGUAUCAAUAAUUCAGCGGACGCUUACUAUGGGACACUUUUCUCGCACUUGUCUUAUGGAAUGGGUGAGGGCAAUGGAGUAAACUCAGCUACAACCCCAAAUGCAGAAAAUGCAGCUGCGGCAGCUGCCGCUGCAGCCUUAGCAGCAGUGGCUUCUGGAAGAAACGAUUGGUCUAAUACUGACGGUUAUAACGCUGUUUCAAACAUGAUGAAUAAUAUGCGUACACAUCCAUCCAUGACAGCUUGCUCAAAUUCUGGGGAUUUAUCCGAGUCUUGUAAUAUUCCAUCCAGUUCUUUAUCAUCACCUUAUGCUGCAACUUUGUUGGCUGCAGUUGCUGCAGCAGCUGCUGCAGCUUAUCCACUUCCUCAGGGUGCUGCAAAUGCCGUUUCUGGCCAAACAGGUCGGUCUUUCUUACCUAAUCCCUCAAUGAAUAAUAGAGCAGCUGAUUUCACAACAAUGUACUUUGGUUCUUCCACAAGACCAUCUGUUACUAAUGCUAACCAACUUAAUGGGCUUCUUGGUAACCUACCUAACUGGCCUUUCACUGUUCCUCCAACUCACUAUCCAAACUCUUCAUUUAUAGACAGACCUACUGGUGCAGUCGUUCCUUUUGAGGGCUGGGCUUCAAAUGGUCAACAAUUAACAUUGUCACCUUGUGGUGAAAAUGAUGCAAUCAAUCACUUUAGUCAAGGUCCAUCCGAAGCAAAUAUGUCAUCUAAAGACCCACAUACGUAUUAUACAUCAUCGAAUAUGGGAGAUACUGUUUUCGCGCCACCUGCAUCCUAUUCUCAGCAGCAACAACAAUGUACCACUGAAGACCCUGGUGUUUCAUUCAUCUACCAUCAUCCAAAUUCAAAAGCUGCCUAUCCGUUUUCAUCUCAAGGACCUCAGUCGCAUCUUGUAAAUGGAUUACCUGGUAGUGCUGCUAAUAUGUUAGAUCCCUAUGCUUCAGUAAAUCAGUGCCAAACAAUCUCACAACAUCUGAUCGAUGAAUUUGGUCGACUAAAUGUUGGAUGUGGUGUCGAAACAGCAACUUGCAGUGAUAAUGGGUUAAAUCAGUUGCAUGUCCCGUUUUAUGAAACUUCAGUUGUUGGGAACGGAAGUAAUGUUCAGUUACAUAAUACUUCAGUGACACAAUGGUCUCAUAUGAAAGAAAGUAACGGAAUUAGUAAUAGCAUGUGUUCUAUGGAUAAGUCCGAUAAUACAUCCAGAUCACAAUCCAAUCAAAGUAGUUAUCCAGCAAGCAGAUUAUCUACUUCAGCGAGUAACAGACCUGCACCAUCAGUUAUUGCUACAUCUGUCAAUAGUUCACCACGUACAAAAACUUGGGCUAAUAUAGCAGGACAACCACCCAAAGGGUCAGCUGCAGUUAUUCAAAACUCUGUAGGAUGGUCAGCGAAAAGGUCUCAUCCUCACAAUCCAACAGCUGUAAACAGGUCUUUCCAAACUUCUACUGGGAACUAUUCAGUUGGUAGGGCUAAUUCUUUGAUGGCAAAUGCUUCGUGUAAUAAUGGGCAUUUAACACAACAAGACAGAGUUAAUACUGCGGACCAUUCAGGAAAUGUUCGUUCUUUGGCGGAAUCUAAUUCUGAGCUAAAGAGUACUUCAAAUAAUGGUAACCAUGCUGCAGAUAAUUCAACAUCCCUACUAACCUCAGAUGGAUCUGCACAAGCUUUUCAACGUGAGUCGGAAGCGCUGCACCAACGUUUGGCUAAGGUAAUUAACCCCAAUGAUUUCGACACACGCAUAGAAAAGGCCAGAUUCUUUGUAAUCAAGUCAUUUUCCGAAGAUGAUAUUCAUCGUUCUAUUAAGUAUUCUAUCUGGUGUUCAACAGAACUAGGCAACAAGAAGCUUGACACAGCGUUUGCUGAGGCCAAUCAUGCCUAUCCAAUAUAUUUAUUUUUUUCAGUCAAUGGAUCUGGACAUUUUUGUGGGAUGGCUGAAAUGGUUUCUCGUGUUGACUAUAAUGCUAGAGCCAGUGUUUGGGCUCAAGAUAAAUGGCAAGGUAAAUUUUCGGUUCGAUGGAUAUUUGUAAAAGAUGUUCCUAAUACGGCAUUGAGACAUAUUCGCAUUGAGACAAAUGAUAAUAAACCAGUAACUCACUCUCGUGACACUACAGAACUUCCUUUAGAACGAGGUAAACAAGUAAUGGAAGUACUUGCCACAUAUUCACAUACAUUGUCUAUUUUCGACGAUUUCUUUUAUUAUGAUCAACGAGAAAGACAAGAGGUAAGUUAGAUUACAUCAUAUCAUCGGUCUCUAUAUGUUGUAUACUUAGAUAUAUUUUUAUCAGUAAGUUACUUCACCCAAGAGAUUCUUACUUGCUAUAUUUUUAUAACCUUAUCUCUGUUUAUGACAAAUGUUUUGUGUGUGUAACUACUGGUUUUCUAAAAAUAUCGCAGCUUUAAGCUCGACUAGAUGAAUAAAUAAUUAAUCUGAAUUCUUCCAGGGACAGAUAAUGUUUAACUAGGUUGCUAAAAUGAUCGUGAUCUUGACUUAACAUAUUUAUCUUUGAAAUAUCAGAAUUGUAUCGAUCAUCCCUAACUCACUAGAGUUAAUGUUGGAAUUUUUAGACAGUUUUCUUUCAUCCAUUACAUACACAGUCAUGUUCUAGAGCUUCGUACGUGAAAUUUUACUUGGUCAUACUACGUUGUGGGAAAUGGACGAAAACGACUUUUAACAAAAACCAGGUAAUUUAGUCUCCGAACUAAACCGUUUAGAGUUCUCGAAUACCGGCCCACUGUUAAUCAUAAUGUAUCUGUUAAGGAAAUCACAAAAAGGUAUCUCAAAGUUGUCGUUGUAAGUCUGUUUACAUGUUUAUAAGCUCCGGUUUGGAUUAGUGAAUCACCAUUUGCCACUGCUCACUGCCUCAUCGCGGCGGGGGUGUUGUUCACGAAAUUGAGAAGAUGAAAAGCGAGUGUCAGGCGUUCUAACCGGGUCGGUAGACAUAAAGAGUCCAUAUAGAUGAGUUGGAAAACCCUGAUUCCAAAACAGUGGUACACAUGGGCUCCAGGAUCCUGAGGAAACAAAUGGAGUAUGAACCAAUUUUUGGUCAUCGGUUGCCAUAGGAUUGCAUCUCCUGACGUUGCUCUAUUGCCUUGUAGAUCAGACCUUUAAAGGCUCGAGAUGUGGCCUCCUGAGAAAAUCACCUCCGGUCUUGGCACCCGGGAAGUAUCCCAGCCCUCACAUAUAUUGAAUGAUUUAUGUGGCGCAUAUCUGUUUGGUGCCUCCUUGUACCAAUGUUUAUGUGUUUAAAUAAAUAUGCUUUUAACUUAGAUUCGUCUAUAUUCAGUCAUAUCCUUAUUGUUUAAAAUAUUUCUGUUAAUUCAUUUUCUUAUGGUUGUGUUUCCUUAGAGUUCUUUAGUGUAUGGCCGUGUCGUGACUAAACUAUCAAUUGAACGGUUUCUGUGACCUCUUAAAUGAAAAGCUUAUCACUUAGUUUAGACGAGAAUAUUCAUUUCAUAAUUGAGUGUUUAUGUAAGCCAUGACGCCCUAAUCUCCACACUGCAGUCAAAAAUGCAAAAAAAACAUUUUGCCGAAAGCUUUAUCUUGAGAAAUGUUUGUACUGGAUCUUAUAAUAAGGAAAGCAACAAUCUCAACGUGGUUUUUGAAAGCGAGUAUUUCCACAAUCUAAGUCAAACGUUAGCAAUCAAAUAUUAAUGAUAAGUUUUGAUAACCAUCUAUUUUAUCACU